UCAAGCUCUCUGUUCACUAACGUACGUGCUGCGUUACAUUCUCCCGCCGCGUCGCUCCGCUUCAACAAUUGACUCCACACACAUUUACCAGGCCUCUACAUCCAGCUGAGCAGGAGAGGAGUGUUUUGUGCCUGUUAUACGCUAUAGACUCGUCCGGAGCAAGGCACGCGCUCAAUUCGACCCAGACUGUGAGAACAACAACAACAACAAAUUACCAACGCCGCGUGUUGCACGUCAUCGCUUGUUUCGACGACCCACCAUCUCCAUCCAUCUUCCGCACCGACUGGCAGUUGCAAAUCGAAUAGAUUGUGAUUCAUUUUAGCCAUCCUCCACGCAACUAAAAUUUCUUUGUUCUUUUGUUGUUCAAUUACCCGGAAACUAAAACAACAACAAAAAAGGCGAGAACGUCGGCUGAAAACAAAAAUAUGGCUGAUGUCCACUCUAAUUCGUCGCAAGAGGGCUUGAAUGGAGAACAACCCCUUCAAUCGCUCAAAGAUGAAUUGCCCGACGUUCCAGCAUCUCCUCGUCCCAGUUCGGGAGCAAAAAAUCCAUUGGCGGAACUGUUCCGCGCCUUCGCAAAAUUCGGUGACAGCAAAGCCGAUGGCAAAGCAAUCUCCUUGUCACAGAGUGACAAGUGGAUGAAACAAGCUAAGGUCAUCGAUGGGAAAAAAAUUACAGCCACCGACACUGGAAUCUACUUCAAAAAAUACAAGUCUCUCAGACUAGGACUCGCCGACUACCAAAAGUUUUUGGAGGAUUUGGCCAAAGCGAAAAAAGUUGAGUUGUCCGAAAUUCGAGAUAAAAUGAUUCAAUGCGGCAUACCCGGAACAAGCGGAACUACGGUCGCUGUCAAGACAGCUGCAGUAGAUAGGCUGACCGAUUCGGCUAAAUAUACUGGAUCUAGCAAAAUGAGAUUUGAUGACAGUGGACGCGGGCGCGGUAUAGACGGAAGGCAGGAUAAACCCGACGGCUCCGGUUACGUCCAAGGUUUUAACAAUAAAAGCUCGAACGAUAAGAGUCAUUAAAGAAAUAUGGUGUGUCAUCAAUCCGCCAGAUUUUUCACUUUUCUUUGAUUCCUUUCCAUUUCCAUAAGCGCGUAUUUUUGGUGUUUGCCCCAUUCUUUUUUUUUUAUUAAUGAACUUAUUAAGUUUCAAAUUGCUAUAUGCUACCAAGACCUCACUAUAAUUUAAAUUGUUAUUCCUAUCCUCCAAGUAGAAGUCAAAAGUUCAAUUCGGUAGACAGGACAGAACAGUUCAAUGUUAACCAGAUACAAAUACUAACGUACAACCUCCAGUAAUGCGUCCUUCCGCAAAUGAGAAAAGACGUGGUUUUUGCCUCCACUUGAUUUUUAAAAAUUAUAUGAACGCAGUCAUAUUUUAAUCCAUUUAACACAAGUUUUGCUGGUCGUGCUUUUGCUUUUAAAGACUUUUUAGAAGACGGUAUCCACCCUUUCUUCUUCCGCUUUUCAAUUGCUUAAAAAAAAAGGAAAAUUUUAAAUUUUCUUACAUUGCCCGACGAGGCCAAGCGAAUAAUAAACAAUCGUUUACCGUGCAUUAAGCAUCACACAUGUUAACUUGGGGUACAUAAUACACGUCUUGAAUGGAA